CCUGCGUCGAGCCCCCCCCUCAAGUUUCGCCUCCUUUUUUGAACAAGAGAUAAAAAUAAAAAAAUAAUAAUAAUAAAUUAGAUUUUUAGAAAAAAUCUUGUAGAGAUUCGACAAGCGUUUCUUCGCCGAUCCAAGGCCGGAAUCAAGCUUCAAGAGUUCUCCAACAAUGGCGGAUCCAAAACCAACCACGGCAUCACAAAACUUAUCAUCAUCAUCCUCAUCCAAGCUCCCAGAUUUCAAGCAAUCAGUAAAGCUCAAAUACGUAAAGCUUGGGUAUCACUACGUGAUCACCCACGCAAUGUACCUCUUCUUGAUCCCCCUGGCCGCCGCCAUGGCGGCGGCCAACCUCUCCUCGCUCUCUCGCCGUGACUUCCUCGAUAUCUACCACCUCCUCCGCUUCAAUCUCAUAUCUGCAGUCGUUUGCUCUGCGCUCCUCGUUGUGCUCUCCAGCGUCUAUUUCCUCACUCGCCCUCGCCCCGUUUAUUUACUCAAUUUCUCGUGUUAUAAGCCCGAACUCAACCGCAAAUGCCCUCGAUCAAUGUUCAUGGAGAGAUCAGCCCUGAUUGGAUCCUUCACCCCCGAGAACCUCGACUUCCAAAGGAAGAUUCUAGAAAGAUCGGGCCUUGGCGAGGAAACUUACCUCCCCGAGGCGGUCACCAAUGUGCCCCCGAAUCCUUCGAUGGCGAGCGCGAGGAAAGAGGCGGAGGUUGUCAUGUUUGGUGCCUGUGAUGAGCUUUUCGCCAAGACGGGGGUCAGGGCUAAGGAUAUUGGGAUAUUGGUGGUCAAUUGUAGCUUGUUCAAUCCGACGCCGUCGCUUUCUGCUAUGAUUGUGAACCAUUAUAAGCUGAGGGGGAAUAUUGUGAGCUAUAAUCUUGGUGGGAUGGGUUGCAGCGCUGGUCUGAUUUCGAUUGACCUUGCGAAGAAUCUGCUUCAGGUUUAUCCGAAUUCUUACGCGCUGGUUGUUAGUAUGGAGAAUAUUACGCUGAAUUGGUAUUUUGGGAAUGAUAGAUCGAAGCUUGUGUCGAACUGUUUGUUUAGAAUGGGGGGAGCUGCGAUCUUGUUGUCGAACAAGAGGAGUGAUCGCUGGCGAUCUAAGUAUCAGUUGGUUCACACCGUUCGAACCCACAAAGGAUCUGAUGACAAAUGUUUUAGCUGUGUGACUCAAGAAGAGGAUGAAAAGGGAAAAAUCGGCGUUUCUCUGUCGAAAGAUCUCAUGGGAGUUGCAGGAGAUGCAUUGAAGACGAAUAUCACUACUUUAGGCCCUCUUGUGUUGCCAAUGUCUGAACAGUUGCUUUUCUUUGCUACUCUAGUAGGACGAAAAGUGUUGAAGAUGAAGAUAAAGCCAUAUAUACCCGAUUUUAAGCUGGCUUUUGAGCACUUCUGCAUUCACGCGGGAGGAAGGGCGGUCUUGGAUGAAUUGGAGAAGAACUUGCAGCUUUCUGAGUGGCAUAUGGAGCCUUCAAGGAUGACUUUGUAUCGGUUUGGAAAUACUUCUAGCAGUUCUCUUUGGUAUGAAUUGGCUUAUACAGAGGCAAAGGGAAGGAUGAAGAGGGGAGAUAGAGUGUGGCAGAUUGCGUUCGGGUCUGGAUUCAAGUGUAACAGCGCAGUCUGGAAAGCGUUGAGGACUGUGAAUCCUUCAAAGGAGAAGAGUCCUUGGAUGGAGGAGAUCAACAGGUUCCCUGUUUCAGUUCCAAGGUUCUCUGCUAUAUGAGCGUGUGAUUGAGAGGUCAGAGGGAGGUGAUUCUUUUAUGGGAUUAUGUUUAUUGGUUUUAGAGAGUAUGUCUCCUUUAGUUGUGUUAUUGAUUUGUAGUAUGGGCUUUAUGCUAAUUAGUGUUGGGCUCUUUGCAUUGUGAUGUUAUGAAGAAAUUGCUCCCUUCAGCAAGAUUUUAGCUUCUAUUGGAUUCUAUUCUUCUAGCCUA